UACACAAAGUUACUGAUAGUUCCAGCGGUUGUUGGUAGCAUUGUCUUCGCCUACGAUAUCUACUCCAUCAUCGGCAACGAAGUUGUUGACGCGGUGUGCGAUGAAAACAGCAGCAAUACUGAAACGCACUCCCCAAUAUGCCCGGCUUGUGAUGAAGAGUGUGAUAUUGUGGACCUCAAAUCAUUUUGUAAUCUAUUUAUGGUGGCGAAUGCGUUUAAUAACGGGGGUUCGGUAUUCUUUGCAAUAUUCAUCUCCUUUUGGUCUGCGUUCUUCCUGGAGUUCUGGAAACGCUACCAGAUAACUUUAGCGUUCCUCUGGAGCAAGGCUGACUUUACGGACGCCCAGGAACCAGCCAGACCGGAAUAUGCGGUCACGUGCGAGGAGGACGACGUCAGGUUUAAUCCGAUCACGUUACGAUUUGAGCUGUACCGAGAGCCGAGUAUUUUCAAAACUACCACAGCCGUAUCUGUUGUCAUCAUCACAGUUAUUGUAGUCAUUAUAACCCUGAUCUCUAUCAUUAUCUACAAAAUAGCGGUGUACUCUAUAUUCGACCACAUGUCUAACAUGUCUAACGGGAGCCUGAAACCCUACGCUGCUACUUUAUCAUCUGUCUCAGGGUCUAUACUACAACUUAUAGCCAUUACCGUCUUAUCACAGGUCUAUGCUUGGUUGGCGGAGAAGAUCACUCUUUGGGAAAAUUACCGAACAGAAACGGAAUUCCAGAACAAUCUGACUGUUAAAAGAUUUAUCUUUGAGUUUUUCAAUUACUACGGCUCAUGUUUCUACAUCGCAUUUGUCAAGGGAAAUUUCGCUGGUACUCCUUACAACUACACGCGUAUAUUCGGAAUACGUCUGGACACGUGUGGUCCUGGUGGGUGUCUAGGAGAGUUAGCUGAGAACUUGGCCAUUAUCUUCCUUGGUAAACAGAUCAUGAACAACUUCCAGGAACUCCUCAUACCUAUGAUGAAGAGCUGGUGGUCACGGAGAAAGUCUAAUCAAUAUCAGUCGGGUACUGAUAAAGAACAGAUAUCAAUAUCCAUGACCACACCCUGGGAGGCUGAUAAUGAUCUGGCUGAGCAGGAGAACCUUUUCCCAGAGUACUUGGAAAUGGUUAUUCAGUACGGUUUCGCAACAAUGUUUGUUGUUGCUUUCCCUGUAGCCCCACUAUUUGCUCUCAUAAAUAACGUGGUGGAGAUUAGACUUGAUGCUAAGAAAUACACAGAACUACUCAAGAGACCAAUACCCAUCAACUGCAUGAGUAUAGGAAUUUGGUACGGAAUCCUGGACUAUAUGGCCUCAAUUGCAAUCAUUACGAAUGCGUUCGUCAUUGCAUUUACAUCAGAUUUCGUUUCUCAAAUCCUGUGGAAAUAUAACCAUGACGACGGACUCGCAACAUACGUUAAAGGUCAUCUGUCUUCCUUUACGGGUCCUAUAUUAAACGAUCUAGGGGAAGAAGUGAUAGACACUUGCAAGUACUGGGAUUACAGAUUAGAAAAGGGUGAAACAUCUCUGUGGUGGUGGAAACUUAAAGCUGUCCAGUUUAUAUUCGUUGUAGUGUUCGAGCACUUCGUAUUCACUAUAGUGAGGUUGAUAGACCUGCUGAUACCUGAUGUACCUGAGAAGCUGGAGGCUCUUAUUCAUCUGGAAGACAGUUUCGCCAGAGAAAUGAUGAAGGAAGUCAUCGAGAUUGACCUCGAAAAGCUUGAAGACGUCCGAAACCGCGUAAAAGUCAAAAAGAGACAGCGACAGAAAUAUGACUGAGCGUCAUUCCUUACUGGACAGUUACCAUCCUCACCUGCGGAGCUGAAAGAAAGCCAGAUCUUUACCCAUUUAACAGACUUGACGACGAACUUUGAAUUUAAUCUUCUUACUGGUUUUAGGAUUUGGGUUCAAUAUAAUCGGGAUUAUACUUGUGAACUUGUGCUCUUUUUAUCAGUAGAUAUACCCCCUGUGUAUAUCACCCUCUGGGGUGUAUGUGUUGCUUCUGACUUAUCAGUAGUGUUACACUGACUAGUGACUAUCAGUAGUGUUACACUGACUAGUGACUAUCAGCAGUGUUACACUGACUAGUGUUACACUGACUAGUGUUACACUGACUAGUGACUAUCAGCAGUGUUACACUGACUAGUGACUAUCAGCAGUGUUACACUGACUAGUGACUAUCAGCAGUGUUACACUGACUAGUGACUAUCAGCAGUGUUACACUGACUAGUGACUAUCAGCAGUGUUACACUGACUAGUGACUAUCAGUAGUGUUACACUGACUAGUGACUAUCAGCAGUGUUACACUGACUAGUGACUAUCAGCAGUGUUACACUGACUAGUGACUAUCUGUAGGACCAGUAUUAUCUCUAAUCUUUAGGUGUAUGUAUUUAAGUGUAUGCAUGGUUUCCAAUAAACAUUGAGUAGGUGACGACACAGAAUUCUUAUCGUGAGGUUUAAAAUGAGUAUUCGUGUUUGAGGCACCAUUUUCAGCCAUGUUUUUGUUUUUAACAAAUAAAAUUAAGUGGUUGAAUAAUGAAUAUGUGGGACAUCGUAAUGAUUUCAUGGAACUUUGGAUUGAAGAAAUUGACAUUAAGAAUAGAAAAACUGGAA